UACCCCUCCACUCCACUCCACAUCCAAAAUGGCCGCCGUGACGUUCGAAGAGGAGGUCUCCAGGCUGGCUGCGCGCAUGGCGGCCAGCUCGCCGGCGAGGGUGAGGGUUGCCGUGGUGGCAGUGGCACGCAGCAGCGCCGCCCGCGCCGCCGCGGAUGCCCUGAUCUAUCUCUUCGUGGGCGCGACCUGCGUGCUCUUCCCGGCGACUUUCUUCCGCAUCAUCGCAUUCCGGGCCUCGGUCCUUGUAUCUGAGAUCAAGUUUUAUUCUGGCAUGCUCUCCCUGCUACUCAUGGCGCCGGCUAUAGUACUUUUCUUCCUGCGCGCCGCCGGCAGCGGCGGCGAGGUCAAGGCUGAUGUAGUGGAGGAUCGCUUCCGUCGGUGGACGCUACGCCGGACGUCCGCAGCGAUUUGGAAGGUCUUAUAGGUAGCCUCUGUACAUUGUAUUAUACCCCUUGGGUACCUUCUAUAUAAUGAGAUAGUCACACCCCGGUUUAGGGUGUCGAGCAGUUCCCAACA